AUGCAUGGCUGGGAGCCCAAUACCUGGAGUGGGCAGAAUGUCGAGGCAGAGCCCAUCACUGUCAUCCAUCCCACCGCCUGGGAAGUGCCUGAACAAGAACCUUCGACCUUGCAGUCGGAGACCAUUCACCUGCAGCAAGAGCUUGCGCGGGUUCGAUCAGACCUCUUCCGAUCUGAGCAGAAGCUGGAAGCACUGCGGGGCAUCACAGCGCCCGCGGAACGCCAAGAGAAUGUCGCAGAUCGCCUCGUCCCAAAGGUGGACUACGAAGGCGAAGGCCCCCGAGAGCUGAUCCCGAUCGUUUUGGGCUUCGAGCGCUUGGGGGAGCUCCUGUCACACUUACAUCCGCAUGAGUUGCAAGAGGCUGCCAAGGCCAAGGAGUUGUCGACUCUUCGACCGUGGCCCCAGGGCCAAGGCGACCUGAGUCACUGCGAAGAUCCAGAGGGUUUGGUGACCAAGUACGUCGAACAGUCGCUGGUUUGGGCAGCGAUGAUUGUUUCUCGUUGUCGGUCCAUGUUCGUCUUGGCCCACCUGAAGCAGAAGAGAAUGGGAGCCGUGAAUCUCUUCCUUUCUCUUUCGCGAGCGUGUCAGCACAGUAUGGCAAGAACGUGGCAGAGAUGGAGGCGUUCCGCUUUGCUGAUGCAAAGAUCUGCUCAGAAGAAGCAAGAGCAGCUGCAACUGUGGAGUCAGGGAGUGGCGAGAACACUUCGCCUGAAGCUUCUUCAUGCCCAGAUGAAACACCAGCUGCUCCGCUUCUUCAACUGCUGGCAUCGGCAAGCGGCGCAAGGCAGCCGGUUCAGCCAAUGCCCAGGCAAAGAUUGGUCUGACAAACAGCGAAUUCACGGCGUCGACCGAGUGAGCAGAUUAUUGAACAUUCCGGCAUCGCCGUGGCAAAGUGCUCUGAGCACAGAUGGGCAUGACAGUCCGAACGCGAGUCAUGGUCAGGAGCACAGCUGGGAAAGCUGGCAAAGUUGGAGAAAAGCUCCAAGGUCUUCAGAAAGCUCACCUCGAGGCCAAAGAUCGCCUCCACCUCGUCAGCUUCGUGCCCCGAAGCCGUCGCUGCGGGGUUUGUUCCUUUUAAUGGCAGAUGGCUUGGUUGCGAGUCAACUGCACGCUGUUCUUCUUCAGUGGCACAAAGGCUUUGCGACAAGGAAGACAGCAGCUCUCGCGCUGCAGAGGGUUUUGCACAAAUGCCUUGAGAGACGCCGGCGUGACGCCUUGUUGCGCCUGCGUUUCGGAACAAUUCAAACAAGACCUGUCCGAGUUUCUUCGGACAAGGGUCUGCAAGUUUUCCUGCCUGGCCGACCUUCCGUGGACAGAAGCAUUCAGGCCAUGGCGGUCGUCCGACCUUCGUCCGAGAAGGGCAUGCAAACGCUCCGAGAAAGGGAUAUCUCUAACAAUCCAUGGUGUCAGUUGUGGCUGACGCGAAUCCUUCGGCGAGGCCAACGCCGUUAUCUCGCACGCGCAUGGUGCGCAUGGACUCGUGAGCACAUGCUUCGACGCCUUGCCGUGGUGCUGAAUUCCAGGCUCGCAUCGAGGCUGCAGUCUGUUCGAUGGCGGACGAUGCACAGAUUUCUGUCCGCUUGGAACACACACUGUCUUCGGCAGCAUCUUCUCCGCAUCCAACAGGUCCGACACGGAAAGACACAGGCAUUGGUGAGGGCAGUGUGCAGGCUGACGCUGCCAGGAAAGGUCGGGCUCAAGGCUCUGCUGCGGGUGUGGCGAGAGAGCAUCGCUGCAGAAGUCGAAGCCUUGCGGAGCAUUUUCCGUGGCUGGAGGCUUUUUUCAUUCCGUACUCGAGCCCUACUGCAUGCACGGAGAUUUGUGGAGCGUCGAGGUGCUGAGGACGCACGCCAGCACUCUUGUACACUGUUCACGGGUUGGAAGUCGGCUGCAAGGGACAUUUCUGAACGCCGUGAUUGUGCAGCACACUUUCGGCAAAGCCGGUUGGCAUCCAAAGAAGAGCUCGCGAAGCUUUGCGGAAGGGCGCUUCUUGAGAGGACCUGGGCAAGGUGGCGUCACCUUGCAGCAGAGGCUUCUGCAAGAUUUCGCAGCAGCCGGCUUUUGGCGUUGAAAGGCGAACUACAAACGCCCCGGCGAGUCCUCCUCUCCUUCCAGGGAUGGAAGAUGCUAUUCUUUGCACGACGUUCCCAUCCGACUCGUAGGCCUGCGCGAGCAAUGGACAGCUUCGGCUUUGUUCCCUUGCUCACGGCCAUCGUGUCUGGGUGGCGAAAUGUCGUCAAGCGACGCCAGCAUAGGCAGCUUGCAGCCAGCAACGUGAGCCGAGCAACCACUGCCACGACCUCGAGCCUGCUGCUGGUUGCGCUCUGCAGGUGGUCGCGCCUCGCGUGCCAGAGCCGGCAGUGGGCCCGGGCCUCCAAGUGGCAGGAGCAGCUUUCUUCCCAGUUGGCGGCCCUGCGUCGGAAUCGCUAUCUGCAUGCCGGCUGGUGCGGCUUCGCUGUGCUCCGUGGAAAUCGGAAGGCUCGCCGAGUGAAAGCGUUCAUGGAUCCAGAGGCGGUGGCGGCCCGGCGAGCCCUUCUGCACUCUACUCCCUCGGAUGUCUGGCUGCUCCAGGUCCUCCAGGUCUUCCGCUUGGAGGUAGAGAGCAGCAGGAGCAGAAAGAGGGAGAUCGCUUUCCAAAUGCAGGGAAAGAAGCUCACUCAGCUGGUGGCCGGGGCCAUGUUGCCGAAGUGGGAAGCAGCCAGCCGCUGUGCUCUCCUGGGGCGCGCCUUUGCAGUCCUGCGACAAGCGGCCUUGCAAGGGCAGCGGCACUUUGCUCAGGCCAGUAUGCUGCAAUUUCGACGGGAGCUGGAGGAAGAGAGAGGAGCCUUGCGGCUCCGGGAGCAGGAGGAUUUCGCAAGCAGGGCACGCAACCGUUACAACUUUAUGCGGCCGGUCAUUCAUUGCUGGCGCAUGGCCGCCGCUCAUGGCAGGCAAGCUGCAUGGGUACAUCUGCUGACGUGCAAAGUUCAUGCUGGAGACCACAAAGGUAUGGUCACGGCCAUAGCGUUCUUCGCCUGGUGGCGGUCAAGCAUGCGCUUGCGGCGCUGUCAACGGUCGAUAAUGAUACUGAUGAACUGGCGGCAACGGAAGGCACAGUCAAAGCUCUUGACAGCCUGGUGGGGAGAAGCUGCGCGCCAAAGGCUUCUCUCAGGCUUUUGCAGAGAUUUCGAUCAUACUCGAAAGCGCCGACCAACGUCAAGUUUCAUGGCUAAUGUCAUCAGAUCAGCCCAGACCAUCACCCCGUUAAGACCGUCCCCGCAAUUACAGAUUACGCUGCUGAUCAAAGCGUCAAGCGGCAAGAGGACCUGCCACCGGUAG